AUACCUCGCCACAGCCAUUUAAUUUAUAUCACGCGCAACAUGAAGUAACCCAAUCUCCGCAUUCACCAUUAUCACCGUGUUGUAAUUACAAUCAGCCGUCGCCAUACGGUGUGGUAUCUACAACAACUGCACUUCCGAUAAUUCCACAGGUGAUAGGACAGUACAAGACCAGCCCUAAUAGCGCUGGUGCCACCUGUCGACCAUCACCUAACAGCUUGCACGAGUACAAUGUAUUUAAUCAGCAAACUCAACACACAUCAAGUAAUUUUACAGGCACGAGUCAAUGGGAAAGUAAAUUUAGCCCAAAUAUAAUAAAUAAUAAUGAGACGAUUGGAAAUGAUGCGACACAAUUUCGAAUAUAUAAUGCAUUAACUGCAGGCCUCAGUAACGCUAAUGCAAAUAGAACAGAUGGCAAUUGCGUAGAAACGGUACCGCCUGCCAAUUGGCCUUUACCGCCGGUUAACUUGUAUGCGCAAAUGCAGCAUUAUCAAGCCAAUCCUGUCGUCGUCCCACCUUGUAAUGUUGAACAAAUGCAGACUAAUAAUAAUAACAAUCAAAACAAUCAUAACAACAGUGAGCAAGGACUCAGUAACCUUUUAAAUUUCGAUAGCACGCAGUUGGUGCGCAUUGAUACAGAAGAUCAACAAAUGCUACAAUUGAAUACUGAAGAUCUUCAAAUAUCUAAUUUAUCUAUAUCCACCUAA